AUGGAAAACACGGAAACCGAGAAUAUCGAAUAUUCACGACAUCCGGAACGAAUCGAUAAUUUUCUAAACCGAAAAGAGAUAACGAUGUCGAAGCGAUCCAAAUCCCUACCACCAUCUGUGAUGUCAGUCGAGGUCGUCGAAGAGAUCUUCGAACAGCUGAAAGGGCUAAGCCCUCGCGAACAGGCUAUUAUUCGACCGGUACUGGAACGCGAUUUAGAAUUUCAGAGGAGGGAAAAGGCUAGAGUACGACAACUUAAAUCUAUGGUGGAUAUGCAUCUAAUAGACCAAGGCCAACCACCACCGAUGUCAGCGAGAAGGAAAUCCGCGUAUGGAUUGAUGAACAGUAUGUCGUCGGACAGUAUGUUGAGCGUGUGUUCCUUGAGGAGCAACAAACCAGCACUGCCUAGACCUGUGCCGGAACCACCUUCUGGCAGAGUGUGCUUCCAUUGCCACACUAGGCUUGGAAUCCUAUUCAAUGCCGGAACGAGAUGCUCGAAGUGUGGUCGUCUUUUGUGCGGCGAUUGUCGACGAGGAACGGCCCGUUCAAAAUGGCUUUGUCAGUCAUGCUACGCACAGAGAGAACUGAAAGCAGCAUCUGGAGAAUGGGUAGAGGGCGGUGAUCCUGCCGAAAUAUCCGAAGUUCUACUCGCACAAAUGCGUAGAGCUGCAAUGGAGAAGGAAAAGCAGGAGGAAAAGUGCACUGACACAGAUCAACCGAGAACCCCUAUGGUUUCAAAGCGAAAUCUUACAUUACCAACAAUCGCCACUCCCAGUUUGUUAGCUGUUCCCUCGGAAUCAGAGAUAGCUGAUAACAAUAAACAAGCGGCAUCGCAAAAGUUUUGGGGAGGCAGUCCAUCACCGAGAAGUCCUCAUCAAAAUCUUCCCGGGUCGCCAAACUACGUGAGGGUAACAGAAUCGAGUCCAUCACCCAGCAGGCUUAAUCCAGGCACACACGGAAGCAGAGAAACGAUUGGGAGUCCUUCACCUCGUCACACUCCGUCAUUCACGCUUCCUAGCUCUCCUACCGGAAGAAUAGGUGUGCUUCCGAUCACCGAAGUCGCACCGCCCACGCCAACAACACCUGGUCAGAUCAGAUCACCGCUGAGCGAAACUCGUCGUCUGGCGUUCGCCAACUCGAAAAGUAGUGGCUCCAGAACCACUUCGGAUAACAACGAGAAAUACUUGCAACCAGUUGAUAAACGACUGCAAAGGGGUCCGCCGACUGAUUCUAUGGAAGAGCUCGAUCAACGGCCGAGAGAACCUCGAACAGGCACUCUUCCUUCUCCUCAAUCCUACAGAGCUCAUCCCAGUGGAAACGCGCAAGGCGCAAAAAUGCGAAACGACAAAGUCACGAAUCUUCAUGCCACAGGUGCACCUAAUCCAGACAUGAGGCAGCACGCCCAAAUGCGUCCCACAAGCAAAGACCGCUUGUGUGCGAACAGGACAACUGGACGAACAUCAGCAGCGGGCGAAUAUGAGGCCGUUGAACCUUCGAGUCCUGUCUGCGAUAACGCAGUGAGAAGACAACGACUUCCUUCACAGGGUCCUGUUACCGUGAGGAAAGUGAAGGCACAAGCAUCCGAUCGUCUCGACGUUUCUGGUAGAGAGUCACGCCGGUCGUCCGGAAUUUCACUACAAUCACGAUCCGGGAGUCAGGAUGGAAGAAUGUAUAAAGUGGAUCAUGUCACUCCUGCUAGCAGUCGCGACUCGCUUUCGGUCACUUCAUUCGCCACCGAAGUCUCCGGCGACGUUUGUACGAGGUCAAGUGUUGCGUCACAAGCAACUUGCGAAAAAACGACGUUCCUCGGUGAGAUACAGCUGAUUCUCAGCUACGACAUUCGUUCGGCAUGUUUUUGUGUGCACGUGAUUCAGUGCAGGUCUCUGCCACAUUUCGGUAGUCAUAGGCCAAAUCCGUAUGUGAAGGUGCUGCUCGUCCCUCGAGAUUCUUCUGCGACAGUCUUGAAGAACAAGACGACUCCUCGCAAAGCUGACGCUGACCCAGUGUUCGACCAAAUUCUUAAGUUUCCAAGAAUAACGAAAUCUGAGUUGGAGCAGUAUCAGCUGGUCGUAAGUGUUUGGCACAAAGAUCUUCUUACACAAAACGCACCGAUUGCAGAGGCGGCAAUUAGCCUCCGUGACUACGACUGGGACACCACUUGUCCCGUAUGGUAUCAACUCGAAGGGAAGACGGUCGCAAGUACCAACGGAUCCAUGUCCAUGGAGAACGGCGAUAGCCCGCGUUCACAUUCGCCUGACGUUCUCACUGUGGGAUCGGGAACGACGGAUCGGUCCUCUGUCACUGCUUCUACGCGACGUACGGUUUUCCGAAAUACCUCCACAAGUUCUAGCGCAUCGUCACGCAACUCUCGUGGCGUCCGCAAACAAGAGAGCGGUGGUCCCAUUACCGAAAAAUCUCGUGCAUCCAAAUCACUUUUCAAAGUGGUACGAGCAUUGCGAUUCGUAAUAGCAUCUAAACAAAGGAAUCCGAAUUCACGGCUAAAGAAAGCUGUUCUUCAACGAAAAGCGGAUGGUGCAGAGGAAGAGCGAGACUCGUCGAAGGGAACAGGUGGAAAGUCAGUGGAAUUGGAGCACGACAUUCCCAAGCCUGAAUCUAAACGACCUCCAUCUAAGGAGUCUGAAGUUGAAGAUCAAGCUACAGACUGGACCAUUUGGGUAUAA